GCUCUGCAAUUGCUGUCUAGCUAGCCCUGGCCGUCUCUAGAGUUCUGCCUGAACUGAAACUCAAGUGGGGUUGAGCUCAUGACUUGCGGCAAUUGACGAGGAAAUCCACCAGUUGCUGUGGCUGGAAGGAUUUUCAGUCCUGUGGGUUGUAACCAGAGGCCACAGGUGGAUUCUGCCUUAGGCUCAUGAGAUUUCCGACUUGCUGUUCAAGAAAAUGCCUUGUGAAGUGACAACAGUAGCUAUGACCCAACUGCCAGGUGCCUUGCUAGUUCCUGUUCGUCCCACUGGAUCCUCACAGCCCUGGGAAGCAGGUGCUACUACUCUUAUCCCCAGGAGGAGACAGAGGCUGAGAGAGGUUAAGUGACGUGCCCAAGUCACACAGCUUGGCAGCGGCCGGGUCGAGACACCAGCAUCAGCAGUCUGUUUGCAGACCCCUCACUGUCACCCCCUGAGCCAGUGCGUCUUGGGCCCUGGGGUCAGGAUGUCUCAAGCGUGGAGGCAUCACUGGUUUGUGGAAGUCUCUGGAAGGUCCCUGAGCUCUUUGCCCAGAAAUGAGUCAGGGGAAUCUGUAGAGAGGUGGCCCUGUGUGUGGGGACAGUGUGUGACACAGACACUGCUUUGGAGGGACGCCGCUCCCGUGACCUCCUAGCAUCACAUCCCAAAGGAACAACUGUUGCAGAGAUGGACCUCUGGGCACAAACCCACGUGCGUUUCUCUGGAGACACUGGCCAAGGAAAACAAGACAUGCUCGAAGGCCAACCGCUGCAUGCCCCACCACGAUGUGACCGCGGAGACCUGGGGUGUAGAAGAGUGUCUCUGCUUGGUGGGGGGACACAUGCAGGCCAAGGAGAGGCGGGAAGAAGGCAGCCUCCGACUCGCCACUGGACUGCAUGGCGACGCUGGUGGGGCAGUCAGCUAAGCCAUUUGCGUAAGUGGCCUUCGGGCAUCUGCGUGCUGGGGACCGACAGUGGGGGUGUGUUAGGUGGAUCUGUAUGGAGCACAUUGCUGCCGCUGGCUAGGACAGGGUAGAAAGGGGGGCGUGGCUACAGCCUGACCUGUGGGCACCGUCCUACCCUUUAUUCUGUGCUUCAAAGUGUCAGUCGUGCUGGUGUCUGUGGGCUCAUGACUCAGACGGUGAGCUCUGACCUUCCUGAGCCAGGGCUUUGCUGUGGUUCUGCCUGGCUCAGGAGCUCUAGGACAAGGGGACCGCUCCAGGUCUGCACCUAAGGUGUGGCAGGGCCCCUCAACACUCCUGUGUACUAGUGUUGUCUUUCCCAUUGAAAUGACUGUGAGGACUAGAAUGUGCACAUGCAGAUGGGCAGCUACUUGUCUGCCUUGGCCCUUUAUUACAUAACUUGCUGGGUUUGUGGAGAUGUCACCCCCCCAGCAGUCAGAGCCCGUUUGUGAUGUCGUGGGGCUGGUUACGUGACUGCCAAGGGGUGCUGCUGGCCACACUGCACUAGCAAGUUUGCCAGAUGGAGGACAAGCCAUCACUGAGUGUGGCUCUCUGUGAAGAAAGAAAUUCGAGAGGACAGGGUCAUGGCUUGGACAGGGUGCCUUUUCCUCCCCAGUUGCACUCAGAGACCUACCUUCACCCAGCAGAUCCUUCCCCUGCCUGGGAUGACCCAGUGUCCACUGGGAGCCCUAACUUCAGGCUGCUGACAGAAGAAAUCGCUUUCCAAGCUCUGGCCGAGGAGGCUUCGUUCAGAAGGCCGCGCCCUGAUGGUGACAUCCCGCCCCAGGGAGAAGACAAUCUCCUCUCCCUCCCUUUUCCGCAGAAACUGUGGAGACUGGUCAGCAGCAAUCAGUUUUCAUCCAUCUGGUGGGAUGAAGGAGGGGCUUCUAUAGUGAUCAAUCAAAAACUCUUUGAAAAGGAGAUUCUCGAAAGGGACGUCGCACACAAAGUGUUUGCCACGGAUUCAAUAAAGAGCUUCUUCCGCCAGCUAAACUUGUAUGGCUUCCGAAAACGGCGUCAAUGCUCUUUCAGGACCCUCACCCACGUUUUCCCCGCACAAAGGCCAGUCUCCAUCUUGAAUAAGGGCCCCACCUACCAAGGGCAGCAGGAGCGUCUGCACUCCUGUGCCAGCGCCCUUCAGCGCUUCAACUUGAGCACUUCUCCGACACCAGCUAGGGUGAUAGAGGUACAAAUACCAGACUUCCCUGGCCUGCUCACCUCACAGGUCUGCUGCCUAAGGGCCCCUCGAUUCCUCUUCCAGGAGUUCCAGGAAGCAGGCAGGCCUUGGUCUGAGACAGUGUCCUCAGGUCACAGAGCAGUAGAGGCCCAGGCAGUGUCAGCAGUGAAGGUUCUCAGAGGACAGGCUGACCAGGAGGACAGGAGCCCCAAGAGGCCCCCGAGCAGCACUGAAGAAGACCUGUAA